GGUGCCGCCCCGCGCCUCCCCGGGCGGCCCGCAGUCCCGGGAGCGCUCUCCGAUGGCCCCGUACGAGGAGGUGAGUGUGUCCGGCUUCGAGGACUUCAGCCGAGCUGUGGAGCAGCACAAAGGCAAGACCAUUUUCGCCUACUUUACCGGUUCUAAGGACGCCGACGGGAAAAGCUGGUGCCCCGACUGCGCGCUGGCCGAACCAGUCGUACGAGAGGGACUGAAGCAUAUUUGUGAAGGAUGUGUGUUCAUCUACUGCCAAGUAGGAGAAAAACCUUAUUGGAAAGAUCCAAAUAAUGACUUCAGAAAAAACCUGAAAAUAACUGCAGUGCCUACACUACUUAAAUAUGGAACACCUCAAAAACUGGUAGAAUCGGAAUGUCUUCAGGCCAACCUCGUGGAGAUGUUGUUCUCUGAAGAUUAAGAUUUGAUUAUGACAAUUGUGUCUUGAUUUCCUGAUUUGCUCUAGUAUAAAAGAAACUGCAUGCUUGCUUUGAAUUCAUGUUAGACAUAAAUAAAUGAUGUAAAAAAACUGGCAUGUCUAAA